AUUGGACUAAGCCAUGCUGCUUCACCUGCGGAGGUCUACUGGCACGAAGUCCUGCCAAAAACACCCAUGCCCCGCGCUAUCCGUGAUAUAUUAGCUGAGGAGGGGGCACGCACAGCUGUGAAUGUUAGUAAGGGAGGGCUCAAGUUUAAUAUCAGCAAGGACAAUAUCGCUGUGAGAGAUAAUCAUGCGUACAUCUACAACUAUAGAUCCCGAGCAACCGAAAUCCAAGAUCGAUUUGCAACUAUCUUCUUCUUACAGAAGGACUUGCUUCCUGGGGCCAACAAGACCAUCUACUUUAUCCGGACCAGCUCUGGAACCCCCCUUCUUCCUCGUCGCAUGGCUGACUCCAUUCCCUUCUCCUCCUCCAAGCUCCCAGAAAUCUUCGCCCGCCUAUCCAUUAAGCCCAACUCCGUCGAAGCAGAAUCCAUGAAGAAGGCACUUGAGGACUGCGAGGAGCCCCCAGUUGACGGAGAGACCAAGUACUGCGCCACCUCGCUCGAGUCCAUGGUGGAUUUUAGCACGUGGACCCUUGGAACACGUAAUGUCCGGGCCUUGUCAACAACGGUGGACAACUAUGCUGCUACCCCGAAGCAAGUGUACACCAUGUCCAAAGUGCAAAAGCUGGCUGGCUCCAAGUUCGUGUCUUGCCAUGUUAUGAAUUAUAUAUACGUUGUGUUUUACUGCCACGCACAAAGCAUGGUAGCAUACACAUUGUCGCUGGUGGGAAACGAUGGGACAAAGGUGGAGGCGGUCGCUGCAUGCCACAAUAACACGGCCAAAUUCAACCCUAACUACCUGGCUUUCCAGGUGCUUCAUGUGAAGCCUGGGACCGUGCCAAUCUGCCACUUCCUGCUCGAGAACGGCAUUCUAUGGAGUCCAAAUAAAUAG